CAAAACCGAAGUUCCUGGCGUCUCCUCCAUUCGAAGUGCUCUCCCUAGUCGGUGUUACUCUGCCGCCAUGCCGAAGCAUUACAGACCUCCGGGGAAGAAAAAGGAGGGGAACGCUGCAAAAUAUGUUACAAGGUCACAAGCCGUCAAAUAUCUCCAAGUCAGCUUAUCAGUUUUCAGGAAAUUAUGCAUCCUCAAAGGUGUCUUUCCCCGAGACCCCAAGAAGAAGGUCAAGGGAUCCCACCACACCUAUUAUCACAUGAAAGAUAUUCUGUUCUUGAAACAUGAGCCCCUACUUGAGAAGUUAAGAGAGAUGCGGGCGUAUGAGAAGAAGGUCAAGAAAGCCCAGUCAAAGAAAAACCGAGAUCUUGCUGAGCGUCUAUUGAGCCGCAAGCCUUCAUACACACUAGAUAGGCUUAUCGGAGAGAGGUACCCAAAAUUCAUUGAUGCACUACGUGAUCUGGAUGAUUGUCUCAGUAUGGUUCACCUCUUUGCUGCAUUGCCUGCUAUUCAGAGGGUCGAAAGGGAAAACAUUCAAGUUGACCGUAUUCAUAAUUGUCGAAGGUUGAGUCAUGAAUGGCAGGCUUAUAUUUCUCGCACUCAUAAACUUCGGAAAACUUUCAUAUCUGUAAAGGGAAUAUAUUACCAGGCAGAGGUUGAGGGCCAAAAGGUCACUUGGUUAACUCCUCAUGCAUUGCAGCAAGUAUUGCCAGAUGACGUCGACUUCAAAGUGAUGCUGACUUUCCUGGAAUUCUAUGAGACUCUCCUUGCUUUUGUUAAUUUCAAACUUUAUCAUUCAAUAAAUGUCAAAUAUCCACCAAUUCUGGAUUCUCGCUUGGAAGCAUUGGCAGCCGAUCUAUAUGCUUUGUCAAGAUACUUUGAUGCCAAUUCUAAAGCUUCUAAAUUGGACUCCGAAGAUAUCGGUUUGUCUGGGUCCCAACAAGUUGAGGAAAAACACGAAGAGACAAAACUUGAAGAGUCUGAACUCAGACUUGCCCAACUCCAACACCAACUUCCUUCAAAUGAGCCUGGGGCAUUGAUGCAUCUUAUUGGAGAUGCAGAAGGCAAUGAAGAAGAAGAUACCAAUACGAGGGAAUGUAGAAGCCUUUUCAAGAAUAUGAAAUUUUUCUUGAGCCGUGAGGUUCCUAGAGAAUCUUUGCUAUUUAUAAUCCCAGCUUUUGGAGGUCUGGUUUCUUGGGAGGGAGAAGGAGCUCCAUUCAACGAAUCUGAUCAGAGCAUUACUCAUCAGAUUGUUGACAGGCCAACUCAGAAACACACAUUCCUUUCUCGAGCAUAUUUGCAGCCUCAAUGGGUUUAUGAUUGUGUAAAUGCGCGAAUAGUAUUGCCUACUGAUGAUUACUUAGUUGGAAGGAUUCCUCCACCACAUUUGUCACCUUUUGUUGACAAUGAGGCAGAAGGAUAUGUUCCUGAGUAUGCAGAGACCAUCAAACGGCUGCAGGCUGCUGCAAGAAAAGAAGUCCUUCCAAUGCCUGGUGUGGGAACGGAAGACUUGGCUGAUCCACAGACUUUAUUGGUUGAAGGUAUCAUUGAUCGUGCUGAAGCAAUUGAAGCUGCUGAGAAAAAGAAAAAGAUGUCUAUUCUUCAGAAGCAAUAUCAUGAUGAACUGAAGUUGGAGCUUCAAGGAACUCAGUAUCCUUCCAUUGUGGAUACAGUCAAGCAGAAUGAUGCUGUGGAAGAAUCUCUCUCUAAUUUGCUCCAGAUUACUGAGGAUGCUGAUAACAUGUCCAAGGUUGUGAUGCCUCGUAGGAAGAGAAAGCUUUAUGAAGCUAUGCAGAUUGGCAAACAGCGGAAACGUGCUCAUGUUCACCUUCUCAAGGAAAGAAAGGAAAAAAUUGACGCAGCGAAAAAGUCGUAAUGGGAUACUGGGUAUUGUGGUAACCUGAAAUGGUUACACGUUCAUCUUUUGUAAAAUUUUGGUCUCCAUUCUCCUGCUUGUAGAACUUGGUCAAGCAUUACCCAUUGUACGAAGACGAGACCAUGAAAAAGGGGAAAAAAGAGGAGAGGGGGGGGGGGGGGGGGAGAGGCAGAGGAUUAGAAAGAAAAAUCACUUUGUAUAUUGUCUUGAAGAUUGCCGACUUGAUUGGCUAAAGUUUUGCGGCAAUUGGUGUUAUUCAUCUUUAUCGUUCUUUUGGACUUGCAAAAUUGGCUCAAUAUUGAGGAAGAUGUAUUUGAGGAAA